AUGCAGAAUAGGAACUGCCAAGGGAAGCCGAAAGCCAACGAGGUCUAUGUAAUAAGAUGUGAAAACUCCGAUGAUUGGAAAUGUGACCAAUAUCCGUGGAUACAAUAUGGGUUAAAAAAAGUGACAAUUGGUAGUGCUGUGCUAGAAAAGAAAUAUUUCAAGAUAAAACAACCAGGUUCUAUAAGUCAACAAUCAGGUAAGAGGAGUAGACCAGUUGGUUCACUUGAAUUCAGAAGAACAGCGUUUUACUUCGAAGACAAGAAGAAUUUAGUGCUAGUGCAUUAUGAAGGUGACGAGAAUGUGUAUACUCCUUUAAUUCAUGGAAACCGAAAAGAAAAAGAAAAUGCACCGGAAUAUGUUCGUACCGCCCCCUCAGUGUUAAAAGCCAUAGAAAAAGUUGUACAAAAAGGUGACAAAACCGCUAUAGAUGUGUAUAGAGACAGUAUUUCAAACAGUGAUAUUCCUGGUGUACAACAAGGUGUAAUGAACGCAAGAAACGUUAAACAAGUUGAAAACAUUGUGCGAAAAGUGAACGAACAGAAGAGAAUAAGUAAAGAUGACAUUUAUAAUCUGAUGUUGUUAGCUUACCACAUGGAAGGUUAUAUUCAAGAAAUUACUGUGUUCCCGGAUUUAACUUCUAUAAUAGCUUUACCGGAGAUGAUAUCUAUAGUUAAUCAGCUACUGGACGUAAAUACGCAAACAAAUGGAUAUGACUGUGGUGUCUAUGCAAUUGCCAACAUGAUGGAAUAUUGUGAUAAAGGAAAAUUCAACACUCAGAGACGUACCAACUUUAUUGAGAAAUAUAUGAGACCGCAUUUAAUUUCUUGUUUAGAAAAGGGUCACUUUACACCAAUUCCUCAAGGAAUAACAUCAAGUUCCGAUUUUGUGAGAAUAUAUGCAAGAAGGAUUGACAGUAACUGUCAGUGUGGCAAACCAGAUGUUUUUGAGAAUAUGAUAGGAUGUGAGGCAAAACGUGGAAGAAUCAAUUGUGCUGAGUGGGUUCAUCAGACAUGUUCAGGAGUUUUAGAAGAUUGGUACUGUGACGAGCACCGUGUUAUUUGA